GUUCAGCUGUUGCGAACAAAAAGUAAUAAGAAAUAAAUAAGCAGGUUAUAAUAACCUCUAAAAUUAAAUUCAUCAACAAAAGUACAUCUGUAAAUACAAUUCUUUAAUGCUUUUAAAUUGUGAAAUAUGAAAGUGUCCGUGGACCAAGUAUAUACUUCUGUUGCCUGCAACAGAGUACCAGAAAUAGCCGACUGGAACACAGAAGGACUUGUGUGUUUUGGAGCCACAAAUGCUGUUGUUAUUUACGAUACAACUAUAAAAGGCAAAGAUCCUCUUACUGUACUCUGCCAUCAUAAAUCCACAGUGAACUCAGUGAAAUGGGUUUCUAAACCCAAUGAUACAUGUACAGAAGUGGUGUCAUGUUCUGCAGAUAAGACUGGUGUCAUAUGGAGUUUACAAGAUGGUGUUUGGAGAGUGACAAGCACUCUCACAGGUCAUACAGAUGGUGUUACCUGUGUGUGUGCAAUUUACACAGAAGAAAAUAACUUAGUUAUAUAUACUGCAUCUAUAGAUUCUACUAUUAGGAUAUGGGAGAGGUGCAACGGCCAGACUACUCAUAGACAAACAAUAGACCUACACUCUGGUCUAUGCCUGACAUUCCAAGCUCAUCUUCUACCAGUGGUGAACAAGCCAGCACUGAUCUGUGCGUUGGAUGAUCACAAGAUCCAUAUAUUUGCUGGUGAUGAGUACCAUAGAGUUCAUACUCUUGUUGGACAUGAAGAUUGGGUGCGAGGAUUAGAUGUUCUAAAUAUUGAUAAUUCCACAAUAUUACUAGCAUCUGCCUCUCAAGAUACAUAUAUCCGAUUGUGGAGAAUCGAACACCACACGGAAGAGCCGGCAACUGGUGGGAUUAGAGUUGAACAGAAGCUGUUCACUGCUUAUGGAAUUAGUUGGUCAGUGAAACUGGACGCUGUGCUCGCCGGACAUGAGGGAUGGGUGUAUGGGGUACAGUGGCAUCCCUACAGGGUUGAUAAAGAUACUAAUAAAAAAGUACCAGUCUUGAGGCUUCUAUCAUCAUCUUUAGACAAGACGCUGAUUGUCUGGGAACCAGACGCUUCCCCAACUCGAGGGGAGGGGGAGGGCGCGUGGGUGGAACGGAUACGAGUGGGAGAAGUGGGCGGGAACGGUCUGGGCUUCUACGGUAGCAGGUUCGGUCCCAACGGAAAAUCUUUUAUGGGACAUGGAUAUAAUGGAUCGUUUCACAUAUGGUCAGUUUGCGAGGAGACGGGCCAGUGGGAGCCGCAGGUGGUGUGUGGAGGUCACUUCGGGGCGGUGGAGGCGGCGCAGUGGGAGCCCCGCGGGUUACACCUCACGAGUGUGGCUGCUGACCAGACCACGAGGUUGCACGCGCCCUGGCGGCGACCAGACGGAGAAGGUACAGAGUGGCAUGAAAUCAGUCGUCCACAAGUUCACGGCUAUGACAUGGCGUCACUGGCGAUGGUGUCCAGCACAGUCUUCGCAUCUGCAGCUGAGGAGAAGGUCAUCAGGGUGUUCAGAGCGCCGCACAACUUCCUGCAGAACUUCAAAAAUAUUGUAGGCGAUGUACUCGACGAGGGGAGUGAAGGUCCGAAAGGGGCUUCUGUGCCGUCACUAGGGCUCUCCAACAAGGCUGUAUUCAGUGAUGCGGACCAGACCGAAGAUGACGGUUACUUCGUCCCUGUGGAUCUGAAGGCUCCCCCGACGGAGGAGACGCUGCAGCAGCACACGCUGUGGCCAGAAACCCACAAGUUGUACGGACACGGGUACGAGGUGUACUGUCUCGCAGCUUCCACUGCUACGGCCACCACGCCGGCCGUGCUGGCAUCUGCUUGCCGAGCCACCACCGCCGAGCACGCUGCCGUCCUCAUAUGGGAGACAACCAAUUGGCAGCAGAUACAGAAGCUAGUCUCCCACCAACUCACAGUCACCCAACUGGAGUUCUCACCCGACGGUCUCAAACUGGUGUCAGUAUCCCGCGACCGCCGAUGGACCUUAUACCAGAGGCAGGAGGGUUCAACUUGGUUUGAGACGGUCGCGACCACAGACAAGAGCAAUGGCGUCCACGCGAGGAUCAUAUGGUGCUGCGCGUGGGCACACGACGGUUAUGCUUUCGCAACAGGCUCCAGGGACGGGAAGGUGUGCGUAUGGUCAAAGUCCGAAUCUCAAGCCAGUGUACAGACAUCUCUCGGACAGUACGCGCUUCUUGGGAAGCCUCUAGAGCUGGCCAACACCUCGGUCACCGCUCUGGCCUUCGCCCCAUUGCUGGUCGGGGAUGCCAGAGUGGUAGCUACCGGGUUCGAGUCCGGCGUCGUGAGGAUAUACAGUUUUCUAAUCGACGGAUGGAGUUUAUUGUACGAAUUAGAUAAUGGUGCUGCUCAUCAUCUCACAGUGAAGCAGUUGUCAUUCCGGCCAAAACACGAGGAAAGUAGCGGCGACCGGCUACUGUUGGCCAGCUGUGGCAGUGACUACCUCGUCCGUAUUCACAGCGUUGCAAUAUCGUGAUAAUAAACGUAUUUAUUAAUUUCA